AUGAACAAUUCAUCUUCUCCAAACGCGGCGGCAACCGUGGGGAAUAUCGCCUACUGCUACGUGCUGCCAUGUAUUUGUGCAAUAGGUAAGUGCAACGAAGUCAACAUCGUCAACAAAAUAAUAAAUAUGUGAAGAAUGACAUCAAGGCUCAUUGAGAAGGUUCAGUGCACUCUAUUGUCAUCUCACAUGACCUUAACCUCAUCAAAUAUUCACUCCAGAUGAAAGUCCACUAGGUUUUAGUGCAAAGUGCAAAGUGCAAAGAUCCGAAAGGAAGAGAACUCAUAAAAUAAUAUUAUUAUACUUAUACAUUCUCCUAGUACACCAACCUCAUCCGUUUUCUCAUCAAACACACAUGUUUGUUGUCAACUCAACGACAUCGACAAUUUUUUGGUCCGUCGGAAGUGUCUGUGUGUCGUUUGACGUAUGCAGAGACACAUCACAAGAAAAUUUACCACCCCGGACUCAAACGGGACUUGCGAGGGCGCCAUUGUGAAUAGAGCCAAUUAGAACAUUUUGAACCCGACCUCUGUGAUGUCUGACCGUUACCAUUACCAUAGUUUGCUCGAGAAAUAUGAAGUUUUUUGUUCGUGUGGGCGUCGUCACUCAUUAACCGAUUUGUCAAGUGAAAACUGAGAACAGCAAAGUACGCCCGCACAGGUCAAUUUGAGAAGUGUGCGCGGGGGUACGAGUAACGUGUUUUUGUUGAUGAGUAUCAGAUUACGUCUGUGAGAACAUGAUCCAGAAAAAAAAGAGAAUGACAGAUAGAAUCCAUAAGAGGAAUUGCUUUUUUUUUCAGGAAUAGUUGGAAAUAUCACGAACUUGAUGGUCCUCGCGUCGAGGAGACUACGGGCGGUGUCAUACAUGUACCUGAGGGCGCUGGCAGUCGCGGACCUGUUAUGCAUGCUUUUUGUGCUGAUCUUUGUUUCCACUGAAAUGCUUGCAAAGAACGGAUCAACGAUCAAUCAGUACAAGUUAUACCAGAUCUACCAGUGUCACUUGAUGCUCACUCUCAUCAAUUGGGCCCUGGGAGCCGGGGUCUACGUGGUUGUGGCUCUUUCGCUCGAAAGAUACAUCUCGAUUGUGUUUCCGAUGCACUUCCGCACCUGGAACAGCCCACAGAGGGCGACAAGAGCUAUCAUGCUCGCAUUUCUCAUUCCUGCCAUCUUCUACGUACCCUACGCGAUCACAAGGUACAAAGGAAAGCAAAGGUUCGACCCCAUCCAGAACGUCACGAUUUAUUCGAUGGAUGAUCAUCCCAUCUACACAACAUUCUAUUGGCAGGUUUGUGUGGAACUCCAGCGCUAAAAUUGACAAAAGAAACAUGAAAUUUUAGAUUUACAAGUGGACACGAGAGGCAUUUUUGCGGUUCCUUCCCAUCAUUAUCUUGACUGUGUUGAACAUUCAAAUUAUGGUGGCUUUCCGGAAAAGACAAAAGAUGUUCCAACAACUCACCAAACGGAAAGAACAAGGAACACAAAAGGUUUGGAAAUAAGCAUACGGUACCAUGAUGAGAGACAACAUUUUUUUAGGAUGACACCUUGAUGUACAUGCUUGGAGGUACCGUACUUAUGUCGUUGGUUUGUAACAUUCCAGCUGCUAUCAAUCUUUUGUUGAUUGAUGAGGUUCGUAAACUACAAACACGAAAUUCAACCACUUUUUUUAAUAGACGUUGAAAAAGAGGCUCGACUACCAAAUCUUCCGAGCAAUGGCCAAUCUACUCGAAAUCACAAACCACGCCUCUCAAUUCUACGUGUUCUGUGCGUGCUCGACCGACUACCGUACCACGUUUCUCCAGAAGUUUCCGUGCUUCAAAACCGACUACACGAACCGUGACCGACUUCGUUCAUUCGUGAGAAGGACACAAUCGGUGAUUCAGAAGCAAGGAAGUGUGGAGCACACGACCAACUCAAAGGUUUGGAUUCUGUUGAAGAGCAAGGUGGGUGAGCAGUCUGACGGAGGAGGAUCGGAGUGCAUGGUAGGAGCAUGGUUGGUUUACAAAACCGGACAUUGUCUUGCUUAGCUCUGUCAACUAUCCGCCAUCUUUAGAUUGCUCACUUCACGCGUUAUCACUCGGCACACUGAUAUCCUAGAAGAUAUUUCAAACUUUUAACUCGAAAGAUUUUCAGUUCCAACGUGACUCUCUCUCCCAUCACUCGCGCAAGUUCUCUCGCCACAUGCCCAUCGAACAAGACACCGUCGACAUUCAGCUCGCUUCCGGAGAACAGAGCACCAGCGGCGAGGCUCGUGAAGCCGAGACUCUUAUCAAGUAUGGUGGAUCGGCUCAGUUGUGCAAUGACGAUAAUAAUACUACGUUUCUGUGAUGACAGCUUUUCACCAACGCCCUUAUCAUACCUUAUUUUUUGACUGAUUGCCAAUGUACGUGUAAAGUUUUCACGCACCACACACACCACACCUUUUUUGGGUACGUUUGCUCUUUGCUGCACCAACACACUUCACUAGCACAUACACACACACAUGCACACCUUCUUUUCUGCCUGACGUUUUAUUGUAAGAAAACAUUUUUGAGCGAAGAAAAAAAGAACCCGAUGUACCGAACACAAGUACAUCCGCCCACGACUAUCUUGUCUGUUUGCCCCCUAGUCACGCCACCUUCCCCCUUAUUUUCUGCCAUGGAUCUCGCUUGUAAUGACGACUUAUGUUGUAGAAUUGUCAGUGAAUGCCAAAACUUAUAAAAAAUAAAUUGGGUAAUUGAUCGUGCAUGUUGAAAGAUUGAGAAUAAUCCUGACUGACAAGACUUGUCGCGAUCCGGGCCGGACCAAUAGAGGAUGGAUCAGUGAUUAGACUGUGCCCGGUCAGCCCGGGUUUCAGUACUAAAAUUCCAAAUUUUCCUGCAUGUCAUAGCUAAUUUCACUGAAAAAAGGCGAUUUUCCUAGUUAAAUAAACUCCAUCAUUUUUUCCGAAAGCUUUAUAAGAACUUCUAAAUUGAGACAAAACGUUUUUCAACCUGCCAUGGAUAAUUUCAGUCCAAAGAAGUGUUUUCCAAGUGAAAAAUCUAGAAUAACCAUCAUUCUCAAAAUUGAGCAGAAAACUGUUUCAUAACUCCGGGAUAAUUUCCGUGUCAUCAAGCGACUUUCCUAGUGAAUAAUCUGGUUGAACCAGCAUUUUUUCUAAAGGACCGAUUUCCGAAAAGCCUGACUGGAAGAAACAAUCACUAAUUCUUUUUCAGCACGGAUACCACAUGAACUCAAAACAUGAGGAUAAACGCGUCACCGAGUCCGCUAGAAUCCCCUCUUUACAAUUGCUAUAAUCCGAUCACUCUUUUUCUACAUACUCAUACAUACAUCUGCUAAAAAUAAAUGUUUGGUCCUCGCUUUCAUGCUCAACAUCCACCACGUUGACUUUCAACAAAAGAAGCCAAAAAAAGAAAUGCAUUUUAUCAGUUGUCCCGUGCUAUUGUCAUCGAUUUACACACAUACACACCCAUACAGUGUGUGUGAGAGCGAGGAGAGAAAACGAAAACAUCUGGUGAGAGGACGAUGAUUUGUCAUGUUGGAAAACUAACGUCUAGCUAUGCAUUUCUCUUUUCUCUUUCUCUUUUUCGGCCCGCUCUUUUCGUCUCUUCCGUCGUCCCGUCAGCCAGUGAUCAGUCCUCUUCAUUUCAGUCGGAGACGCGUCUCGUUGCCGUCUGCCGUGCACAUAAUGAAUCCGUUGGUUCAUUUCAGCGAGUACUACACUCGGAGGGCUUCCUCGGGAAAGCUGAACGUCUGCAUGGUGAGUGCUUUUUCUUAGACUGUUAGCGUCACGAACAACUGCAGAAUUCCACACAAUCCACCAACAUUGCGAAAAGUCAAUCUCUGGAUCAUAUCGGAAAUAAAUCCUGUUGUGAGAGUGAGAAGGACCCGUCUAUUGAAUUUUUAGAGUGAGUUGAGUUUGAAGCUGUGUUAACGAAAUAAAUUGCAUCACGUGGAUCAUUCCUGAAAGGUGAUGGUUUAGUUCCAUUUCAUUAUCAGUCUUUGUUUUAAUGACAAUUACAGUAACUCUGACCAAAUUCGAAGUACACUGUCUUUCUUUUCAGAUUCUCCAAGACGGCCAACUUCCGAUCACGCCGAGACGCCGUAUUUGAACCAUUAGGUAAGUGAUAAACAACAAAAAACAGAUAUAGUUCGUGAUUAGAUAGAAAUCAAACAUUGAUAACUGUCAGGCACCCAAUCAAAAACACACCUCGAUAUCGGUUCCGGCGCGCUUUCCACUACAAAUGCCACAAAUGGUGGGGUGAUAGUGGAUUGAAGGAACUCGUUCUCCUUCCUUUCAUUACGUCGUUUGCCAAUCAUUUCAAGUUAUUUUUAGAGAUUGGGCGCGUUCUUCUGGCCGCACCCGUUGAGAUCGGAAAGAAGCGGCAGGCGGUCUCGAAUGAAACGGACAUGGGGAAUGCGAAAAAGAUGAAGCACGGAUGA